GGAGAGUUUGGACAACCUCGGAAUGGCGGGAGAUUCGCGAGUCUCAGACGACGGGGUUUCCGAGUCGCGAAAAUCAGACGCGCCGUCGCCCAUCGCCGCGGCGCCCACCGCGGCGACCCCCUCUGGAGGAGACCGCCCUCCUCCGGGUGGUGACUCACCGGGCGGGGGGGGUGCCGACCCGGGUGCCGACCGAUCCGAUCCGAGCGCGUUUGAAACGUCCAUCGCGAAAGACGCGGCGGCGCUCGCGGAUGCGUUGCCGCCGGAGACUGCGGACAAAGUGGCGAAGACGUCGAGGCGCGUCGCGGAACGGCGAAGGAGGAACACGAACGCACAGGGCGACAAACACGGCGCGACAGCGACGAACGGUCAGUCGCCGCCGACGCCGCCGUCGCCGAGGUCUCCCGCGGUGACGUGGCGGGUUGGCGCGCGGGCGCUGCCGGCGCCGCUGCGACAGCCCGUGUUUGAAUCCGGAGCAAAUCCGGGUGAAGCGGGUUUGGGGGGCGCGUCGGAUCUUCCGGCGCGUGAAGUUUUGGGAUCGGCUGGAUUCGAACCCGGGACAAACGUCAAAUCCCGGGCGGGCGCCGUCUUCGCCGUCAAGGCGGCGGAGGCGCGCGCCGCCGCGAUGGCCGAGCUCGCUCCGGCGGAGCUCGGGGUUUCCGCGAUGGACGCGUCCACGUCAGCAUCCACGUCAGCGUCCAUACAGUCAGCGUCCGGCGCCGAGGCGAGAACGCCCGCGGCUCCCAAGUUUCUGCGCGGAGGCGACCUGUACGAUUACGUUCCCCCCGAGCGCAUCGUCGAUCCCGCCGACGACGACCUCGACGACCCCGACGGCUCGGACGACGACGACGAUUGGCUGAGGCGGGGUUUGACCGCUGAUUCGUCGGACUUUGACCGAACGGCGUUGACCGACGGGGCCCGCCCGAUCGGCGGCCGGAGCGAGUCCACCAACCCGGACCUGUCGCUGACGAGGUCGGCCACCGCGGCGAUCGCCCGCGAGAUGACGGCGGGCGCGGGCGGGCGUCAUCGCGGCGACGCGAGGUCGCAUGGGUUUUACAUUCGACGAUCGCACCCGGAGGGGCGCGCGGCGCUGGCGGCGGCGCUGGCCGCGGAGGAGAGCGACCUCAGCGACGUCGCCUCGAGCGUUGAGAGCCUCGAGUGAGCGACGCUUCGCGUUCCGGGUACGACCGCGGUCUGUCGUAGCAUAGACGACGGCGGCCACUGUCCAUAGACUAGACUACCAUCCAUCGUAUCCGCACAUCAC